GAAAUUGUAUAUCUGACAUUACAAUUUUCUUUUUCGUUCUAUUUUCAUAGUCAUUGUUACAAUUUUAAUAUUGAAUUAUAUUAGAUAAUAAUUCCAUAGAAAGAAACCAUAAUGUUUCGGAAUCAGUACGACAGUGAUGUCACGGUAUGGAGCCCUCAAGGGCGUCUUCAUCAGGUGGAGUAUGCCAUGGAGGCAGUAAAGCUCGGUUCUGCAACUGUAGGGUUGAAGAACAAACAGUUUGCAGUUCUGAUUGCCUUAAAAAGGGCAGUAAGUGAAUUAUCAGCAUAUCAGAAGAAGAUUAUUCCAAUUGAUGAACAUAUUGGAAUCUCUAUAUCAGGAUUGACAGCUGAUGCUCGUAUGUUGAGCCGAUUUAUGCGUACCGAAUGUCUAAACCAUCGUUACGCUCACGAUGCACCAAUGCCUGUUGGCAGACUGAUUGCACUUGUUGGCAAUAAGAUGCAAAUAUGCACACAGCGUUACGACAAACGCCCACUCGGAGUUGGCCUACUGGUUGCUGGAUAUGAUGAUCAAGGUCCUCACAUUUACCAGACCUGUCCAUCAGCAAACUACUUUGACUGCAGAGCUAUGGCCAUUGGAGCUAGGUCACAGUCUGCCAGGACAUAUCUUGAGAAGCAUCUGACCACAUUCAUAGACUGCGACCUACAAGAAUUAGUAGCCCAUGGUCUAAGGGCUCUAAGAGAUACACUGCCUAAUGAAGUAGAUCUUAAUACAAAGAAUGUAUCGAUAGCGAUUGUGGGACCCAAGACGUCGCUCCAGAUUUGUGAGGAAGCUGAACUCACUCGGUUCUUGGCUCUCGUGGAAGGUGAAGAGAGACGAGGUGGUGGAACCGCAACCGGUGAUGCUGGGGCUUCUGGAACCGAUAGAGACCCCCCGGGGGACGAACGGGACCCACAGGUGGCGGUGGCAAUGGACACGGAAUAAGCACAGAUCGCUUGCAGUUCACUGCAGACGAAGAUCCAACAGAUUCGGGUCUACCUGAUUUCAAUUCUGACGUCUGCAUGUGGACCGAGGCAUACCAGUUAUCUCUACCUUUCCUGAACCACUUCAAAGGUGUGCCUUGGCCAGUGUUUAAAUUGAUAUGUAUUGUAUGACCAUUUCUCUAAAUAACUAUAUGAAUCCCUUCGGCGUUGCCUGUGUGUAGCCUAUAUCAUCCGCUGCUAGCUAUCUAUAAGUGAAAGUAUUUUUUGAAAUAUAUAUAAUUUAAUUCUGUAUGUACUCUGGCUUCGUGUUCGAGUAUAUUAGUAGACAAUUUAAGAUAAUGAAAUGACAACAAUACAUAAAACAUUAAUACGACGCUAUGUAUUGUUUAUUUAAUAAAUUAGUAAAAGGCGCUUUGAAAAAUAUGAACAAAAAUAAUUAUCAAUCACUUUCCAGCUGUAUUUCGAAACCGAUAUGAUAUUGAAACCUUCAAGAAAAGAGAUUAUUUCAUAAAAUGCCGGUAACGCAUUUGCAAUUCCCUUGGUAUCGCGGGUGCUCAUGGGCCGCGGUAAUAACUUACCAUUAAGUGAGCCUCAAGUCUUUUGUCCUCUAUGCUAUAAAAAAAAAACAUAUAUAUCCACAGUCC